AUGGCCGAGAUCCGUCGCAAGCUCGUCAUCGUCGGCGAUGGUGCCUGCGGUAAGACCUGUCUGCUCAUUGUUUUCUCCAAGGGCACCUUCCCCGAGGUCUACGUUCCUACCGUUUUCGAGAACUACGUCGCCGAUGUCGAGGUUGAUAACAAGCACGUCGAACUUGCUCUUUGGGAUACUGCUGGUCAGGAAGAUUACGACCGUCUCCGUCCUUUGUCAUACCCCGAUUCACAUGUCAUUCUGAUCUGUUUCGCCGUGGACUCCCCCGAUUCGCUCGACAACGUCCAGGAGAAGUGGAUCUCCGAGGUCCUGCACUUCUGCCAGGGUCUCCCCAUUAUCCUGGUCGGCUGCAAGAAGGAUUUGCGCGACGACCGCAAGACUAUUGACGAGCUGGCCAAGACCUCCCAGCGCCCCGGUGAGGAAAUCCGCAAGAAGAUCGGCGCCUACAAGUACCUCGAGUGCUCGGCCCGCACCAACGAGGGUGUCCGUGAAGUCUUCGAGGCCGCUACCCGGGCUGCCCUUCUCAAGGCCGUCAAGGGUAAGGGUGGUAAGAAGAAGGGCUGUUUGAUUCUGUAA